CAGACGCCGCGGAAAUCUGACAAAAAUGGCGUCAAUAACAUUUAUUUUGGAAAUAAUGUUUUCGAUUACACUUAUAUUGGCUCUUACGCUGCCAAAAGCCGAAGCAUCCAAGCCAUCAAAUCUUCUUUCUCUACUGACCAACACGAUCCACCAUCACAAGCAACCAAUCAUUCUUAUACUGGAGAAAGAUGCUGUAAUCAACGAAGAUAGAGCUCGUUUGGACAACGUAUUGUCUUUGGAAUCUAGUGCUGAAGAUGGAAACCGCUUGAUUCAUCAGCUGUUGGGACACGAUCAGCCCAAGAUGAAAGCAGUACAGUACAAAAAGAGUACACGAAAACCAUACCAGCUAUCUGACAAAAACCGGUACAGAGUUCAGAGGGAUAAAGAAGAUAGAUCAUUACAGAACGAAGAUAAGACCUUAAGAUCGCCUAUUGUGAAGAAACUGUUGAGAAUCUCUAACAGUCUACGAUGUGAAGCAAAAGACGAAUGCAAAGACAAAUGCGCCAACAAAUUCUCCGGGACGUACAAGAUCAAAUGUAACAUACAGUGUACAUAUAAAUAUUCCUGUGAAGACAAAGUAGAGGACAGGGAUUCCUGCGAUGGCUCCGAUGAAUGCGGAUCCGAAUCCGAGGUGCAAAUGAGCACUAAAGGCGAACACAUGGUCACUGAUAAGCCGGGGUGUAAACGAUGUUGAAAUUUUAGAACUUAAACCAUCGUGAUUCAUAUUGAUUUAUUAUAAAAACACGGAUAAAACGCACGUGACAGGUCGAAGUAUUGCCGGGGCUCUUAAUCAUGAACUUGUUCUUGCAACGCGGCGAACCUAGCAGACGUUGUUGCUAUGUGAGUUGAAUUAUUAUAAAAACACGGAUAAAACUCACGUAACAACGUCGAAGUGUGCCCGGGGCUCUUAAUCAUGAACUUGUUCUUGAAACGCGGCAAACCUAGCAGACGUUGUUGCUAUGUGAGUUGAAUUAUUAUAAAAACACGGAUAAAACUCACGUGACAACAACGUCGGAGUAUGCCCGGGACCCUUAAUCAUGAACUUGUUCUUGCAACGCGGCGAACCUAGCAGACGUUGUUGCUAUAUGAGUUGAAUUAUUAUAAAAACACGGAUAAAACUCACGUGACAGGUCGAAGUAUGGCCGGGGCCCUUAAUCAUGAACUUGUUCUUGCAACGCGGCGAACCUAGCAGACGUUUUUAAUAUGUGAGUUGAAUUAUUAUAAAAACACGGAUAAAACUCACGUGACAACAACGUCGGAGUAUGCCCGGGACCCUUAAUCAUGAACUUGUUCUUGCAACGCGGCGAACCUAGCAGACGUUGUUGCUAUGUGAGUUGAAUUAUUAUAAAAACACGGAUAAAACUCACGUAACAGGUCGAAGUAUGGCUGGGGCCCUUAAUCAUGAACUUGUUCUUGCAAUGCGGC